CCUACGUGACCUGCCAGGACCUCCGCAGCAUUGUGGACCCCUCGGAGCAAAUGGUGAUGGUUAUCAAAGCCCCUCCAGAGACCCAGCUGCAGGUCUCGGACCCAGCGGAGGCUUUCCAGGUCUCUGUGAGAAGCACUCAGGGCCCCAUCGAUGUCUUCCUCUGUCCUGAGGACAGCUCAGGGGUCUGUAGCCCUGUCAAGAGCCCUUUCAAAGCCCCUGCAGAGGAGUCGUCCCCUGGCCACUCACAGCCCAGAGUCUCCCCACUCCUGCAUCCUGCCCAGGACAUGAACAUGCCGCUGCUGCCUGGAGAGCAAGAGACACUGCUGCCAGGGACGAGCGCACUGCCUGGCAAGUGCCCAGCAGAGGAGGUGACCCUGUCACCGCUGGCCCCUAUGGACACCCUCCUGGACCAGAGCAGGGAGGAUUUCUCGGGUUUCUUGGCAGAUGAAUUCAUCAACCUGUCGCCUCCUCAGGCGCAGGAUUACCACUUUGGCCUGGAGGAGGGCGAGGGCAUCAGCGAGCUCUUUGACUGUGACUUUGGGGACUAUCUCAGGGGACCCCUCGCAGGGUCCUGA